GAAAGAGGGGAAUUGUGACCAGCAUAGAAAAAGGACCAUUCCCAAAAUAUUCAUAGCCCUGUUGUGCCCACUGCCCAGCACCCGGCUGCCUGUGCCCAGGCUAUUGUUGCAGGCAUUCCCAGGACCCGGGUGGAGAUUUCUUGUUGCCACCUUGCAAUGGAGCCAGGGGAGAACCCCCAGGAUGGGAGGCACAGGGGAGUCGCCAGUCCCCAUGGCACAGAAAAGAAGUGGGCUGGUGUGAAGCAUGAGAUUGUGGUGAAAAUGGAGCCAGAGAAUGAGUCCUGCAUUGGGUACCUGCAGGACCUGGGGGCACGGGCCAGCGUCCCCAGUGUUUGCAUCUUUCCUUCCACAGGAGUGAAAAUGGAGGUGGUGGUCAAAGCGGAACCUGAGGAUGACUCGCACAGCAACCACUGCUACCAGGAGGAGGAGGACCCCCCCGACCCCACUGCUGAUGCACUCUCUGCCCAUGCAGGCGAUGCCAAGCCUGAGCUCAUCGUGAAGGUGGAGCCGGAGGAGGUGGUGUGCAUCGUGUGUCCCCAGGGCCCAGAUGGCGAGAAGCAUCCCAAGGAAGAGCUGGAGGAUGUGGAACCAGAGAGGGCCCUGCAGGCUGUGCCUGGGCACCGCAUCAUCCACGUGGGCACGGGCACAGCGCCCGUCCCACCGGCGAGCGCCGCCGGGCACCGACCCACCACGGCCCCCAGCACUGAGGCGACCCGGCCGCCCCGCGGCACCGAACGUCCCUUCGGCUGCGGUGAGUGUGGGAAGAGCUUCCAGCACCGAGGGAACCUCAUCACCCACCUGCGUGUGCACACCGGGGAGAGGCCGUUCGCCUGCGGCGUCUGCGGGAAGAGCUUCAGCCAGAAGGGCGACCUGAUGCGGCACCAACGCACCCACACGGGAGAAAAGCCCUUCGAGUGCACCGUGUGCGGGAAGAGCUUCUGCUCCAAGCAGACCUUCGUGCUGCACCAACGCAUCCACACCGGGGAGAAGCCCUUCUCCUGCGGCGACUGCGGGAAGAGCUUCAACCGCAAGGCCAACUUGGUCACGCACCAGAAGAUCCACCGCGGCGAGCGGCCCUUCGUCUGCGCCGAGUGCGGGAAGGGCUUCUGCGCCAAGAAAACCUUCAUCCUGCACCAGAAGAUCCACGUGGGAGAGCGGCCCUUCGGCUGCCCCCAGUGUGGGAAGAGCUUCAGCCGCAACGGCGACCUGACGCGGCACCACCGCAUCCACACCGGCGAGCGGCCCUUCGCCUGCGCCGACUGCGGGAAGAGCUUCAGCCACAACGGGGAGCUGAUCAAACACCGGCGCAUCCACACCGGGGAGAAGCCCUUCGCCUGCGCCGAGUGCGGGAAGAGCUUCAACCGCAAGGGCACGCUCACCACCCACCGGCGCAUCCACACCGGCGAGCGGCCCUUCGCCUGCGCCGAGUGUGGGAAGAGCUUCAACCUGAAGACGACGCUGAUGAAGCACGCGCGCAUCCACACGGGGGAGCGGCCCUUCGCCUGCAGCGACUGCGGGAAGAGCUUCAAGUACAAAGGCAACCUGCGGACGCACCGCCUGACGCACACGGUGCGGCGCGUUUACCCCUGCACGGAGUGCGGCCGGGUCUUCGGGCACCGGAAGGAGCUGAGCGGGCACCAGGGCGCGCACGCUGGGGAGAGGGUCCCGUCCUGUUAUCGGGACGGGGGAUCCUUCCGACCCUUCGUCCCCGCACGCCCGCUGCUCGUGGCCCGCACGCAGACGCAGCUGCCGCUCUCCGAGUGCGAGCAGGGGGAGCGCACGGACGGAACGGGGUGCGGGAGCGGCAGGAAGGAGCCGCGCGGCGGCGGCGGCGGGGGGUGCGCGUGGAGCGCAGCCGAGGGACGGUGCCCUCCGGCGGGCAGCGCGCGGCGCUCUGAGCGCUGUGUGCCGUAAUGUCACCGAGCGGCGGGCGCAGAGCACCCGGAACGCACAUCUUCCCACAGCCCGACGCCACAUCCAACCCGACCUUCACCGCCUCCGGGGAUGGGGACCCCGCGGCGCGUCCCGCCCCCCCAGCGCGAAGAGACCCUCGUAACCCCCAGCUGCCCGCGGAGAGGGGCCGCGCUCCGGGGGCUGCGGUGUAUGGGAGCCCCCAGGAGCCUCGGGGAGCGGGUAAACCUCGGCGACCGCGCGCCCUUAACGCCCCGCUCACGGUUUUGGUUUUUUUUU